AUGGGAACAAGUGCGAUUAUCUUCCCCGCUUCUACGGUGGAUUGGAGUGACAGCGCCAUACGCUGGUGUGACUUUGGUAAGUGCUUGAGAGCUAAGCUCGAAGUGAAAAUGCUAACAAAGCGCCCCACAACGGUCGCUGCUCGCAGCCGGCGCUGUUCAAUACAUUGCUCCCCCUGGCUUCACGGGUGGAACACUUAUUUUGCUACGCCGCUUGGAAGCUAUAGCUGGUGAGACACUUGACGCCCGCAUUCUGAUCAAGUGACGCUACCUUAGCUCAUCAUAUCUGCUGGCUACAGCGACGCGACAAGUUUCUCAGACACCGAAGGAUAAGCGCAACAAUCUCAUCAUCGAUUUGAUUCUAGGAUUCGGCAUCCCACUAAUUAUGUUGGCGCUCAGAAUCAUCAUUCAAGGGCAUCGCAUGGGUUAGUGCAUUUGGUUGAUCGAUCAAGUAGAAUCGCUACAAGCCUAACUUCACCUCGUCCGCAGACAUCAUCCCGGCAUAUGGAUGCAACCCGCCGGUCUACGUCAGCAUUCCUCAGCUAUUUGUACACAGCUUGUGGCAACUUGUUCUCAGUCUGGUUUGCGUUGUGUACGCCAGUGAGUGACUCGUUGAAGGUUGACGAUAAGAUCAGCACUCAUCGUCGGCCUUCUCUGUGCAGUCUUGGUCCUCCGCUGGUUCUUGAUCCGAAGGGCUCAGCUAACGUCUGUGCUACAGAGCUGCAAUUCAGGCCUCAACAAAGUAAGUCGUCGUUAUCAGAAAAGACUUCAUUAUGCCACAGCUGACGAACAUUGUCCGCAGAACAAAUACAUCAGACUUAUGAUACUGGCAGGGGCAGAGGUUGUCAUCACGUUCCCAGCGAGCGUCUUCAUCUUCGGUAUUGCAUACGCAACCGCACCAAUCCAGCCCUACACCAGCUGGGCUGAUGUGCACUAUGAAUGGAACACCGUCUACCUCAUUCCAUGGGACUCGAUGUCCACCGCGCUGCAGGUCGGCGUUGAGGUUGGCAGAUGGUUGCCCAUUUUGGGGGGCAUCUUCAUGUUCGUUAUCUUUGGCUUGACUGCCGAUGUGAGUAUUAGAAGUCGGCGUCUCCGAGGCUCGCUUCGCUCACCGCUAGAAAUGGGCUCCACAGGCACGCUCGCAAUAUGUGUCAUGGUGGAGGGUCGUCACGAAGCCUUUCUUACCCCAUCGCGAGCAGACCACCCACAAUGGAUCUAUCCCGUGAGUGGUGAACAUAGGCUUGAUCCGUGCUGGCGCCGAUUUCUCAAUUUUACUCUCUCUCUCUCCUUGGCGCCCUCAGAGCUCUGCCUAGAGCGCCAGAAAAGCCUCGCAUCGGCUACACUUCGGAUCCUUCCCUCGCCUGGGAUGAAGAAAAAGACUUGGGAACUGAACGCGACGGUAGCUUGAACGACAGGUUCCCAGAUGGGACGGCAUAUUCGCUCAACAGCUCGAGCUUGGCACCUACUCCGGCUGCAAUUAGAACCAGCUUCGGAGACAGAUUUGGUCCCCUCUCGGAAAUCCACGUCACUACCGAAAAGGUUGUAGUCUGACUGUUCGAUUUUGCACACAUGCGCUCUCACCUAUCACGAUCUUAGGCCCUGCGACAAGGCGCAGGUGGUACUGGUCCGCCAGCGGAGAUCCUCUCUGCGUAG